ACAGCCUGAAGGCGGCUGGGAGGUUCCGCAAUCGGGAUCCAGCCUGUUACUGUUAGCGGGCAGCGUCCGCUCCCUUUACCCCUGUCUCUCUCACUCUCAGCUUCUCCUCCCACCGUAGCUGACAAUGUGCCACGGCCGUGCGAUAGCCCCUCCGGCCCCACUGCCGUCUCCUCCUCCACCCUCUUCGUCUUGGGGGAAGCUGCUGCAGAGGAUCGCCGACCUGACCUCCAGUUCCCCGACUCUGACAGCCGCCCCGCUCCCUCCCAAAGCGCCUGAGAGACGGUUCACACUGGACUGGGACAGCGAUUACUGCAGUUUGGAUUCGGACAGUGACUCCAUCACUGACGACCCCUAUGAGGAGUUCCUGUGUGCCGAUGUGAUGCAGCUGAUCGAGCAGAGCCUGAGCGAGGCGAAACACGGCGCCCUCCGCUGCUUCAAGCUGCUCAUCCCGGACCGACUGACGGCCCAAGUGGCCGAGGAGCUGCUGCGGCUGGCGGCGGACGAACCGUGCGGCCUGCGGGGCGCCGUGCUGCAUCUCAGCAUCGAGGAGCCGGGCGGCUGCAAGGAUGUGGACCGCAUCGUGGUGGACGCCAGUCUGCCUCCCACCUUCGAGCUGACGCUGGUGCUGAGGCUAGAGGCCGGCCUGUGGUCUCGGAUCCAGGACCUCUUGAGUUCGGGCCCGUCGUUCACCCCAGGCUACAGCCAGGCGCUCCGGCUCAGUCCCCGCUUCACCAUCAUCAAGAGGAAACUGUACAGCUCCACUGGUCUCCUCAUUGAGGAGUGUUGAGGGAGAUGGGUAACGGCAAGAGGAAACUCAAUUGAAACAGACUAACCGGCCCAGGAUCUCUCCUGGACUGGGAAUAUCUGAUUCCAGUCACUCAUUCAUUCACCAGGUCUCAAACCUGCACGGUCAAACUGGGAGAAAAGUUACUGGAUAUGAACUUCUUGUGCAAGUUGCCUCUCCCUGAGGGAGAGAGCAGUAAGUGCAGUGUUAACCUGGAAUGGGGCUAGUUCUGUACUGUAUAGGGGCUAUCCCUUGCAGGCAGAAGGCUUCCCAGAUACAAACAUGGUGCUAGUGUGUGUGGUCACAAGUUAAUGCCCCUUACUGGGGUACAGUGGGUCUGCCGGGCAGCCUAUCACAAGGACUUCAGUUGAUUUGCAUUCAAUAACUUUUUGAUAUUGGUAUUCAGUAUGGUUUGUACUCACUUUUUUAAAUAAAAAAGCCUCUCGAUUUGC